GCCCCCUGGGGCCGGGCGGGCGGGCGGAGGGUGAUGGCCCGCGCCGCGUCCCCGCCGAGCUCGGACGAUGUCCUUGGGCUCCCGCUGCCCGCGGCCGCGCGGCAGGAGCCGGUGGAUGCGGACGGCGCCAGAUAUUCCUUUAUUAUUUUUCGUGUACUGGCUGAGUCCUGAUCAUAACUCUGUGAUACUAGACAUCAUCAAAGAGUGGCCACCAGCAAAAUGGAAAUGAAAGAGAAUGAUAAAUACAAGGCGUGGAGAAUGAGCACAGACAGUGAAUCUUCCUGGACUACUGACACAGAUGCCAGUUACGGGAAGAAAUUCACCAUUCCAAAGAUCAGGAGGACAACUGAGAAAGUUUACUUGUCUUCUUGUUACACCAAUACUAGAGAGUAUGGUUUCAUACAUAGCACUCUGAAGCAGUGCAGGCUUGAUACAAGCUGUGAUCUACAAUUCACAUGGCAGUUUGGAGAUACAAAACUGGUUCACAAUGAGUAUCUGGAAAAACAGUUUGCUGCUAAGAGGUCAGAGAUGCGUGAGAGUGGGAGACACGGCAGAGAACUGGAAGAACAUUUCUGCUUUUUAGCACUUCCUCAGAGUGACAUGGUAGACGUUUACCAGAACGGGCUAAGUGCCAGGGCAUCCACACUGAAGAUACUUGGGAAUCCUCUUCUUGGAAUUUAUAUGUUUAGACAUGUUGAUGUUUCCCUGAAUUAUGCUCAGAGUCAAAACUCUCCUGUAGAAAGUAUUAUGAUUUUUAAGGUUCUCUUUGGGAAAAUAAAGAAAAUUCAGCCUUCUGUGGAUAAAAACAAAGUUUCUCUGGAUCCUUCUCCUAACUUUGAUUGCCACAUGUCAAGGAAUAUGCCCUCUCUGAAAGAUACCGUUGAGCUACAAGCCUACAAUUCAAUGGUGUACUUCUAUGAAUAUGAUUUGUUUUCAAGACCAGUAGAUAGACCUAGGCAGUGCCUUCCAUAUGGAAUAGUAACAGUAAAGUUUAUUGGUCAAAAAGCAGGUAAUGGACAACUUAUGACAUCUCUAAGAUUCCCGUCAACAGGAUUUCCUAAGAGGCUUGAAAGAGCAUGUUCUCUGAAUAACUGUACAAUUGCCAAAAGAAUUGGAAAAGGAAAAGAUGCUACAGUCAUCUUUGAGCACUUCAGGAAACCUGUCAAUCCGUUUGUUCAGGAAAAUUGUCCGUGCAAAGCACUAAAUUCAGCAAUGGAUUCUUUCAACUCAGAUACUUGUAAUUCAUAUGGAAUUGUACAAAAUGGAAAUAGUUCUGUGCUAGAAGCAUACAGAAGACAGACAGAAAAUUCAUCAGAAAUUAGAGAUGCUUCUCAAGUAUACACACACAACUCAAGUCUUCCUUUCAUGCCUACUGAUAACACAGCAAACGAUAAUGGUGACCAGUUCAGUGUGACCUAUCUUAGAAGUAUUUUAAGUAGUAUUUCUGCUGCUUUUCCUUCUCAAAACAAUAGUGGCUCAAGUACAGUUAUUACUUCAAAACUCAUUAAGGACCCAAGACUGAUCAAGAGAGAGCAAAGCUUGAGAAAACAAAACAAUACUGCACAUUUGAGUGAUGUUUUGUCAUUUGAUAAGAAUUUGGGUGAUGGUAAUUCACAAAUAAAGCUGACUAGUUCCAUGUCUUCAUCUGAAGUUUCCCCUACUGAUCAUGCUGACACUAAGUGCUUGGAUGCCUCUGGCUUCACAUUGUCUUCUGAAAGUUCACACUGUCAGACUCACAGUAUGGGCUCAAAGGACUAUGACUGUGGAGCAUCCAGUAAAAUUGCUGUUACAGAACAAUGUAAAGAGCAACAAAAGUUGGCCUUCCCUAGUUCGUUAUCAAACACGUUUUCAGAUGUUGGGAAACAAAAACACAAUGAAGAAGAGGCUCAGAGAGUCGAAAAGAGAAGCAACAUCCCAGUUUUAACUGAGCCAGACAAUGAGUCACAAAACUUCUAUGACUCAGAAAGUACUGGGAGCAGAGAUUCUCAGAAUCACAUCUCUCAGAAAUCACAGUCUUCUGAUUUAAACAGUAUAUAUAAGGUUGGUCACCAGAUGUCUACAGUCUUCCCAGUCCAGAAGAAAGGAAACCUCUGUGAAUACAUGCAAAAUACUGGAAUGAUGAGAGCUUUCAUCGGCCCAGAAGACAGUUCUAAACAUGGAGUAAACCAGACUUGGUGGAAAGAAACUGUUAAUUGCUUUACUGCCAAAAGUAGUCCAGUUGAUAAUUGCAGUACAUUGCACCAGGAAUACAAAGAAGGUGGAAAUCUUAAUUCUGUAAGGGGAAAUUGUGAAAAAAUACCAGCUACUCAUAAGUUACAAAUGCCCAAAUCUCCCAUAUCUACCACAAGGGAUAAAAAGGAACUAGAUAGUGCAACAUUGGAAGAAGAGUGUAAUCUUACUCCAGAUACAGUGUGUCUUUCACAAAAGCAUCUUCAACACUCCUUGGACUGUGAAGAUAAUAUUCAUACGGAUUUUUCCAUGUCUCAAGGGCCAAUAGAUUUGAAAGUACAAAAUAAUCAGAACUUUGUUAACAUUUUGACUGAUGCUUUUCAUGAAACAAAAGAUGUUCCCCUGGCCAGAGAACAACUCAUAGAUAAAGUUAUUUCAUCUUCUGCCAUUGACAUAGCUCUUGACAGUACAGGUUACAACAUAACUGGAGAAUAUGCAUUCAACCAGAGGGAAAAUGAAAAUGAGGCAGUGUCAUUAGAUAACCUUCAAAAAGAAGAAACUUCUACUAGUAAAGAUGAUGUACAGGAUCACAGCCUAUCUCAUGAUGCAGAGUUGAGCUGUGAUCUAAAUUUGAAAAUUAAUUUGCAAGAGCAAAGAAAUGAUGAAAAUGCAAAUGAGGCUAAAGAGAGAGAUAAUACUUCGUUUCCAGAAUACAACACAUAUAACAUAAAUGAAAGUGAGAAGCAAGAUUUUCAUGCAAAUGACCUUUCCACCAAUAUAGUUGAAAUGAGAGAAAUUAAGAGUAGCACCAAAGGAGAAAUUCAGAAUUCUGAAGAAUGUUUCACAUUUAACUCAACUUGUGGAAAGAAAGAUAAUCCAGCAGAAACUGCAUCGUCAGAGAGUGAAGAUAGUACGGAUGCUAUGAAACAAGGACAUGCGCCAAAUGAUGGAGAAGGCAAAGGACACUUGGUGUCCACGUUUCCAGAAAUUGAAGGUUCUACAGUGUCAGAGGCCUUAAAUGCUACAGAUCAAGUAGUUAGUACUACUGUCCUUAAACUAAGCACAAAUCAUGGAGAUCAUCAAAAAUACCAGCUAAAAGAAACUUGUUCCUCUGAUAGUUCAGAUUUGAGUUUAGUAAAACAUAGCAUUUUUGAUUGUGAAACUGAUACUCAUAACGGUAAAUUACAAGACUUUGAUCAAUCAGCAAAUGAGAAUUCAGUUCUUCAAACUUCUGAAUUGGGAAGUGUAAUUGAGGUAGAACUUGAAGAAUGUGAUGAUUCUUCUUUAUUUCAACGAAAAAUACCAAGCCAUGAAAAUGAUCUUUAUGAAGAAUUUGAGUUAUAUGAGUCUCUAAAAUCUCGUAUUGAUUGGGAAGGCCUGUUUGGAAACAGUUAUGAAGAGAUGGAAACCUCAAGUUUUGCAAGAAGGGAGGGUGUGGAUCAGCACCAUUCUCCAGAGUUUAACUGUGUUUCUUUUUCUCCGCAAAAGGACAAAGGAGAGCUCCACAACCCAGUUUUUCUUCCAGAUCUACAAGUUACAAUUACAAACUUCAUUAGUCUAAGAAUCAGUUCCACUGAUGAUGAGUCUUUAGAGUUGAAAGAUAAUUUUUACAAGCCUGUAACUGAAUCUGCAGAGCCAGAAGCUAAUACGGAAGGAAAAACUUCUGGAUUUGGCAUUCACUCCCAAUCUCCUGGAGAAAAUUCAAGUUUUUCAUGUGAAAAUAAGUUUGGUAAUUCAGUGCAAGAAUCGGGACAUGUGAGCAAAUCUAAACUCUCCCAUUCAUCCAGCUCGAGUCAUAAUACACAUGUGAAUCACAUGUCUGCAAAACCAAGCAGUGACUCUUUGUCUACUGAACCAUCUGUCACAAUCAAUGAUAAUAGUAAAUGUCCCACAAAGUCAAAGCUUGACUUUAAUGCUACUAGAAAAAAAAAGGACAUGGAAUCAAAAAAUAGCAAAAGAAACCUGCGUGCAUCUCCUAGGGGUCAGAACAUAUCUCAUAAGGAUUUCAGGGAGAAUGAAACUCACGAUAAGAGGAAGAAGCCAACAAGUCAUGACUCCUCUGACCAUUUUUUUUCCUUGUCCCAAGGACGGAUUAAAACAUUUUCACAGUCACAGAAGCACAUUAGGAAUGUACUGGAUAUUCUAAAUAGUGAAGCAUCUUUAUGUAAAAGCAAACAUCUGUCCAGAAAACUGGACAAAGCUGUUCUUCACUUAAAAAAGGCGCAUAGAAGACUUCAUACAUCAUUGCAGCUUAUAUCUAAAGUGGGGAAAAAAAGAAAGGGCCCAUUACCAAAAGCAUAUGCAGUAAUAUGCAAUAAUUUCUGGGAAAGUUGUGAUCUUCAAGGUAGUUUGAUGUCUGAAAGAAGAUAUUCUACUAAGCAUGUUUUGUCCAAAAGAAGAUAUGACAGACAGGGAGAUAAAAGAUUUUUAAGAUUUGAUAUUGAUGAGUCCUUGGCCCCGGUAUCAAAGCACAGAUCUUAUAGAGAGAGAAUUGCAGAGUGUCUAUCAGGUGAAAUUAUGUCUGGGCAUGUUUCCAGUAGUCUGAGUACUUUCCAUGUGAGAGAAUUUUGUGAUGAAGAGCAACUUCCUGAAUCACAGUUACCCCUAGCUUAUACAUCCCAGAGUAUCAAUGAGUUGGAAUACACUAACAACAUUGUGGGAAAUACAGGCUCUUCUGAACUUGAGCAUUUUUCUGACACAAGUGGUUACACUCUUUACCCAGAAGAAACACUAACUGAAAAAGAGUAUCAGACUGAUACACAGCUAUCUAAUAGUGACUCUGCAAAGCUUGAAAACCAUUCAACACAUAAUAUUAAGGAUAUAACAGAAGACUGUAAUUCUGAAGAUAAAACAGCUGUAUGUGAAAGCAAUUCAGUGCCUUUAAGUUUUGUAAAAGAAAACACAAGUCAUAGUCCAGAGAAAAGUUAUGAUGCAACCUGUAUAGCUAACAAUGACAUACUUGUUUCAGUUGUAGACUCAAACAAGAAGCGCUGUUUAAAUGUUGAUGUCUGUGAACAAGAUAACCUUGUAUCUAAUGGUACUAGAAAUGGAGACGCAAUUUUUCCUGUAGAAAAGUGUACAGUUCCUGUGGAGAUCACACCAAGUAUUCCGACAGGAAAUAUAGAAAGCAGAAGGUACAUUAUUCCUCCUUUGUCAUCAAAUGUAGUGACAGCUGGUGAGGAAGACUCUUCCGUGGGGGGAAAUGAAUUCUUCUGCGUAAGUGAGAAUGAGGUGAAUGUUACUAAGCAUUCUGUAUUGGAUCUAACAUCAGUAACUGAAGAAAAUAAAAGUUGUAAGAAAAAUAUAAGGACAUUGUCUUCCAAUGAUAGUUCUCUGCUCUUAAGAGAGAACGUAAAGGGUCUUUCAAAUAGAUACAUGGCUAAAUACAUCGAGGAGGAAAAAAUGAGGAAAAUUGAGCAAGCAAUUUACAAGAACAUGAUUACUGAAGGCUCAGCUAUUACUGUUAAAUACAAACAUCAAAAUAAGAUCCUAAAAGAAGAAUCCUUACAUGUAAACAAGAAAAUACUUAGAAGCAACUUAACUGAUUAUCUGAGCAUGAAAAAUUCUACUGUAGAGACAGUUGCUUUAAAAAACAUUCCUAGUCAGCUUAUUGAAAGAAAGGAAGCAGGGGAAAUUAAAGUAAGUAACAACUCUCACUCCAACUGUCUCUCCGAGCCAGCCAUUGCAGGAACUAAUCAUAGGCCUGCUUUACAUGAGAACUCUGCAGUCACUGAUCUUGAGAAGGAAUUAAAAGAACAUCACUCAGUUAAUAACACAUCUCAUGUAAUGCAACUGUCUCAGAUUUUACAGAGAGCAGAUGAAGCAGCAUCUUUGCAGAUUUUAGAAGAAGAGGCUAAGGUUUGUCAAAAUAUUCUCCCUUUUUUUGUUGAAGCUUUUGAAAGACAGCAAGAAUGUUCAGUUGACCAAAUCCUGAUUUCAAGAAAGCUGUUGGUAGAACAAAACUUGUGGAAUAAUUGUAGAUUUAUAUUGAAACCAUGUGCUAUUGAAACUUGGGUAGAACUUCAAAUGGCAAUGGAAACUGUUCAGUUCAUUGAAAACAAGAAAAGAUUCUUAGAAGGUAAACCAACAUUCCGAAGCUUGCUUUGGUAUGAUGAGUCCUUAUACAGUGAGCUGCUUCAGAGGCCACGUGGAUUUCAGCUGCAGUCCAAUUUCUAUCCUGGCUUUCAAGGACGACUAAAAUAUAAUGCAUUCUGUGAGUUACAAAAUUACCAUAAUCAGUUACUUGAGUUCUUAACAGAAGCAGAAAAAGAAAAUAAUUCAUACUAUGCAUUCUUAAAAUACAAACGGCAAAUUAAAGAAUGUGAAGCCAUAAUGAAGCACUGUUCUGAUUGCUUUGACUUCUGUCUUUCUGUUCCAUUUGCCUGUGGAGUUAACUUUGGAAAUAGUUUAGGAGACCUGGAAACCUUAAGAAAAAGUGCUCUCAAGUUGAUCAGUAUACAUGGGGGCUCUUCUAAAGUCCAUUCCUAUCCAGGAAAAAAAGACCACUUGUGGAUCAUUAUAGAAGUGGUCUCCUCAAAGGUUAGUUUUAUCAAGAGCAACGAAGAAAUAAGUAUAAAAAUCUGUCUUUAUGGUCUGGAACAUAUAUAUUUUGAUGCUGCAAAAAGUCUUGUAUGGAAAGAAAAAAGCCACUUUCUCCCCAAAAGACAUUCAGAAAAACACAGAGAAAUGGAGGAAAUAAAUGAAUGUGCUUUGAUUAAGUUAAAGAAGAUCUGUGAUAUUCUCUCUAAAGGUUUCAACAAUGAGCCAACUAGUAUUGGGCUUGAGGAAGAUUCUAUGGUUGCUUCCAGACAACCAGCUCAAGGUAGCAUAACAAACUGUAGGCUAAACAAAGCUUGGCUUUCAUAUCCAGAUAUUUGUUGUAUUAGUGACAUACUGGAUCAGGCUAAAUCUGCAGACCUAGACAAGUUACGGGACCUUACUCUCAGAUGUACAGAUCACUUAGAAAUUUUAAAAAAAUAUUUCCAGAUGCUUCAAGAAGAUAACAUAGAUAAUAUUUUUAUCACAGAAGAAAAUGUUUUAGAUAUGCUAAACAACCACAACCAUGGAGCUGUCAUUUUAAAGCCUGAAGCUGUUGAUAUUUACAUUGAAAUUGUCAUGCUCUCAGAAACAGUUCAUUACCUUAAAAACUCAGUAGCAAAGAAACUACACAACCAGAGGUUUCGAGGUAUGCUCUGGUUUGAUUGGUCUCUCCUUCCUGACCUUAUUGGCUGCCAAGAAGAAAUGGCUUCCAUUUCAGUUGGUGACAACCAAACAGAUUGCCUUUGGAAAGUGAUAGAGACUGCUAUUUCUCACAUUAAAAAAGAGUUGGCUGUUAUCUAUGAAUACAGUGAAGCUGUUAAUUGUUCCUAUGCUCUGCGUUUAUUCUCCAGAGAACUUAAAGAACUUACAGGAAUUAAAAGACUUCUAAAUAAGUCUAAGCAUUUACUUUCCACAUAUAUUGACUUGGUACCACAUACUGCAUCUAUAAAUUAUGGAAACAGUGUGGCAGAAUUAGAACAUAACUAUAAGCAGUUUUUUAUAUUGCUGAAAAAUAUAAUGUCUGUUCCUCAGAAAGAUUUCGGAAAAAUGGUCCACAUUAUAAAAGUUAUGAAGACAAUUGAACAUAUGAAGAUGAUAAGUGCUAAAGGUACUAAAUUGUCUACUCAUCUUCUCUUUUUCCAAAUGCUGCGUAACAGAAGGAAUGCUUUGCAACUAAGCAGAAAAGAAAAGAUGGAUAUGCCCAUCUCAGAACUUGAGGAGGACAACAGUCAACCCAAGAUUUCUGUGCAGACACCCUCAGUUGCAGAAAGUACAAUAAAAAACAGUUCCUCUAAAAAACGACCUGUGACUGUAGACACAUGUGAUCUCUCUCCAGGAAAAAGAAAUACUAAUGCUGCUUUCAGUUGUAAAAAGCAAAAGGUUACAAUGAAAGAUGUUGGAAACAGACAAAAGACAAUAUCCAAUCAUCUAAGUGCUACAGGAUUUCAUUCUGAAGAUGAAAACAAAAUAGAAUCAAAUUCAUCUAACAGUCUGAAAAGAAACUCUGCAUCUCCAGAAAUGGUCAGUAGACAAAGCUCAGCACCCGGCUCGCUUUCACCUGCUGAGACCAUACAAGACACUUGUAUACCAAAGUCAGAAAGCAAAGGAGAGUCAACAGAGAGCUCACCUGAUGCUUCAGUAUAUCUCACUGAACAGCAGGAAAACUCAAAUGACAUAAAGAAAAGAGAAGGGAAUUGUAGUGCUGCUGAAACAAAUGUUAAGGAAGACAGUGCCUUAGUAACUUGUGACCAAAAGGAUAUAGAUGCCACUUGCUCACCUGACAAUACACCUGCACAGAAGUCACAUGAAAAUACACAGAUCUCUCCUUCAAACAUAAGAGCUGAAGGUGAUGACCCUCUUGUCCUUAAUGCGUCCAUGCCCUCCGUGUCUGCUUCCCAUUCUAUGAAGGCCCUCCAUAGUAAUCUUGAAAUGAGUGACACAGGCUUUCAACGUGAAGAUCAUGAAAUACUAGAUUUGUCUAUUAAAGAUUGUACAUGCACCAGCUCUCCAGAAGCUGUGUGUAUCCAGAACAAAAUUCCUGUCCUGCAAGUAGAUAAGAUACAUCCUAUAAAACAUGGAUCAUCAAAAGCGUGUAUGAAGUAUGCACCGAAUGCCAAUACUGCACCUUUUGGCUCACGUGGGAGCUCAUCCUGUGCUCGGGGAGCAACACACCCUGCCCUCUCUGAACAAGAUAAAGAGAAUACAAAAGUCCUAACUCAGAAAGCUGGCACGUCCUGGAGUGCACCUCGACAGUCUGCGUGUGCUGGAGCAUUUAAUACUGCUGAGCGUUCAUUUGGAAUUUCACAUCCAUACUAUUCUUGGUGUUUUUACCAGUACAGCAGCAGCAAUGGCACUGCUGUUACUCACACCUACCAAGGGAUGACAGCAUAUGAGAUACAGCCACCUCCUCCUCCAAUGUUGACUGCAGUUGCGAGUACUGUCCAGAACACGCAUGUCAGUCGUUCAUACUCUGAACAUUUUAGUUACUUUGCUGGACAGCCACAAGCGAAUGCCUUUAUCCCAAGAAAUGGGUUUCCAAUAUAUCACAUGCCCAUUUCUUACAAUUACCAACAACCAGUUUAUUCACAGUUUGCUUCUCCUCAGCCAGUACCACAAGUCUCGGAUCCCUACCCUCCUAACCCAGGUGUGGGUCCACAAGUUACUUGGACUUACGCUCCAUGGCAACAGGAUCCAUUUCCGCCAAGGCAUUAAAAAUAAAGCUCUUCAUACUGAAAUAAAUGCAACUGUUUUCUCAAGUA